UGACCAAAACAGUUCUGAGCACGUUCUGAGAUUUCCAAGUUAUGAAUGGUAGUCCCCUGGACCACAUGCAAUUCGGUCCUCUUCUGUCCAGUUAAGUUCUUUUUUUCCAUCCUUUAUAAAUGGAAGAGACAACAGAGUACUCUAUUGAGAUGAUACUCCAUUAGACAAUGGAGAGAGAUUCAAAGGGCAAGACCACGGAAGAGAGCGAAGUUGGAGAAGUUAGAUACAGAGGAGUAAGAAACCGGCCGCGGGGGAAAUUCGCGGCAGAGAUACGCGAUUCGACUAGGCCUAGAUCCCCGCGAUUGUGGCUCGGGACUUUCAAUACGGCAGAGGAGGCAGCGAGAGCUUACGACAAAGCUGCCCAUUCGAUGAGGGGUCAUUUGGCUAUUCUUAAUUUCCCUGAAGAAUAUCCCCCCUCCUCUUCUUCCCCUUCGUCCGUUACGGUACCGACUUCUUCAUCUUCGAUUGUGGAGAAUGCGGAGAGAAAAGAGGGUGGGAGGGGGAAUGAGGUUUUUGAAUUCGAAUAUUUGGAUGAUAAGUUGUUAGAAGAUCUUCUUGGGUAUGAAUAGAAGAAACUCAAUGACCGAUAAUAUAAGAAUUUAAUCGGUUCAUUGGGCUGGAUAACAAGUUAUUAAAAAAAAUGCUCGAGUCGGGAAACAAUAUGUGCCUC